ACGGGCUUUGUCUGACUGCCGCUUCUAGAGGAUGGGACGAAUUACCUCUUUAAUUUAUAUGAUGAUACUUAUGCCCAGCCAGGGCAACUACGUGGUUGGCAGCAUUGCACGACCGGCGAUGACAAUGCCCCAGCGAGGCAAUCACGCAAUAGCACCAGCCAGCCAGCCCUGGUGGAAUGAGGUGCCCAUGAUAAUACCCCCGCCCCACCUCACCCACAUUCGCGCCUGGAUGCCGUUCAAGCGCCGGGGCUAGGGUUUAUCCAAGAUCUGGGCUAUGGCUGCCGCAUUGGCGGGCGCUUGCGUGGUGCCGGCGGAGGCAGCGGCGAUCCGGCGGAGCGGAGCUGUGGAGUUGAGGCCGCGAGAGAGAUUUGUUGUGGAGCAGCAGCAACGGAUAUGGCGGGCGGCGACGAGCGGCAGAGAGCAAUGUAGGUCAGGUGUGCGCAUCAGGGCGGCCAAGAAAGUGGAGACCGGGCGAUCCUUGGUGAUGAGCUCCACUCUGGUUGCCGAGGAGGGCAAGGAGGAGGCGGUGGUGGAUUUGUGCAAGGGGGUUCUGGAUUGGGCCAGCGAAUGCCAGAAGAGCGACAAGGCGUGUGGCGUCCUCCAGUUUGAGUGCAAGGCCGAUUUGCAGGAGAAGAAUGUGUACCACUUUUGGGAGCGAUACGAAUCGUUUCUGCAUCUCACGACGUUCCGAGGUUCUCCAGAGCACGUCAAGUUCAUGAAGGACGUGAGACCGCUGCUCAAGAAACCAAUCGGCCUCGUUGCGUACGAGUACAAGGACGGGCAGAUCGGGCACGCGCGUGUUCUCAUCGGGCCCAAAGGCGAGGGUGGCUUGGACGAUGCAACCGGCCAAGGCAAGCAAACAUCCAGGCUCAUCGCUCCAGGCGACACAUACGACGACAGCCGCGAGGACUGGGGGCUCAAGGAGGCGCUGGAGGCCAAGAAGAAGCAAAAGGCCAAGCAGUGGGAAGCUAUGGAGCGGCAGAAGCAAGCGUUCCUGGCGCGGUCGCAGAAAGGCAAGGACGAGGACGAGCCAUUGUCUCCCGAGGAGGCGGCGCGGCAGAAGAAGGCCCUGGCGGAGAUCUUGGGCCGCUUCGAGGCGGAGAAGGCCGCCAAAGCGGCGCAGGAGAAGGAGAAUCCCGGCGGCGCCGCUGGUUGGGGAGAUGGUAUCAAAAACUUGUUUGGUCUCAAGAAAUAGAAACUUGGCGCCACGGUUUAAAGAUGUGGUUUUAGGGCU